ACGGUUCAGCAGUAGCUUGCGAUCAGCGUUCUGCCGUAGUUGUUGUUACUUGAAGUCUCGAGAAAAGUUUUUUUUUCCUUAGAAAGAAAAAAGCCCGAAUCAAAUCCUUUCAUUGUUAAUUAUUGGCGUCUUAGAGUUUAAAAUGGAAACUCAAGAAAUUUCUAAUUCUGUUACUGCUACUGCUAGUUCGAUGCCGAUGCCGGUAUCGAUGCCGGCCAUUUCAUCAGCCUCGGCGUCGUAUUCGGAGGGCGUGAUUACUGAAAUCGAUUUCAAAUGGACGAUUGAACGACUAGCUUUUUUUGGUAAAAAAGGAAUGUGGGAACAUUAACAUCGACCGAGUUUUCGGAUCACAAAUUUAAGCUGGAAAUCGUGGAGUAUACUGACAAAGAAUUAGUGAUACGCCUGAUUCAUUCGAAUUUGAGUAGUAUUCCGAUCGAAGUUAAGAUCGCCGUUUGCAACGAAAAAGGCCAGAAAAUUUUCAAUGUCACCAAGAUGGUUGAUAUUUCUCCAAAAAGUACUAAUUGUGCAGAUUUGCUAAUCAUGUCAAAACAAAAGUUGAAAGAGUGUGACGAUUUUGUGAAUGGAAAAACCACCAUUCACUGCAAAAUCAAAAGUUUGACCAGAAAGCAACUAACGGGCAAUGAUAUUCCGGAGAGAGAUCUUUUUCAUCGUCAGCUCGAAGAAUCUUUUGAAGAAAUGCUGUUUAGUGAUUUCACCUUUAAGGUCCGUGGCCGCAAAUUGGCAGCCCACAAGAACAUUUUGGCCAUGAGGAGUCCAGUAUUUGCUGCCAUGUUCCUUCAUCCCACGAAAGAAGUGCAGUCCGGCGAGGUGGAAAUAGAAGAUAUCGAUCCCGAUGUCUUUCAAGAACUUCUUCGCUACAUGUACACUGGCUCGCCACAAUCAACAGCCAUGGACGUUAUGGCACCGGGAAUUUUGGCUGCUGCCAACAAGUAUAUGCUGGAUCAAUUGAAAACUCGUUGUGAAACACAUCUGAUUCGCCAAAUGUCUGCCAAGAACUGCCUGGAUUUGCUGACCCUCACCACCCACCAUCCAGCGGAGCACCUGAAGAAAUUUGCCAUCGAUUACUUCCGCCGUUAUCCGGGUGAGGUCAUGGGAACGGACAACUGGAAAAAUAUGAAGGAAGAAAAUCUCUCGUUGUUGUUCGACUUGCAGCAAAUGGUUCUCACCGCUACGACUGAUUAGAAAUUUUUCUGUUGCUGUUUUUGUAAUACGGAAUCAUUCUGCUGGAGAAAUUCAGCCUUCAUUUUCAGUUUAAUUUCUUUCUCUAAUAAAGAUAAGCAAGUUUGGUUGUAUCGUCGUGCGGUAUCGCGUGUAUUUGGAUGCAAUUACUUGUUUAAAUACAGAAACUUUCUUUAUGGCUU